UUUGUUUAGAAAAUUGAUUGAGAAAAUAACUUGUAAAAAUGACAUCAAACGAAAUCAUUCGAUUCCCGGAAAGUUUAUUGCUGGGAGUUGGAUCUAGUGCUUAUCAGGUCGAAGGAGCAUGGGAUGAAGAAGGCAAAGCGCCAAGUAUUUGGGACGCAUUUUUCCAUAGUGGAGAAAAUGAAGUGCUCCACGAAUUCAUCCCCUUGCAAAAUCACGAUACGAUCAGUGAUGACGAGGAACCGAUUGAUCUAUUAACUUUUUUCAAAGGAUUUCAUGUUUUUAAAAGUACAACGAAAUUGAGAAGCCAAGUUUCGGAGCCUUCUAUGUAUAGCAUGGACGAUGGAGGCAUGAUUGCAUGUGAUUCAUACCAUAAAACAGAAAUGGAUAUCCAACUUCUGAAGGAUCUUGGAGUUCAAAUAUAUAGAUUUUCAUUGAGUUGGCCAAGACUUUUGCCCGAUGGAGAUGAUCAAAAUCCCAAUCAGGCUGGAAUUGAAUACUACAAUAAUCUUUUACAAAAAUUACUGGAUAACAACAUCCAACCGUUGAUAACUAUUUAUCAUUGGGAUCUACCGCAAUCUCUUCAAAAGAUAGGCGGAUGGGCAAACAGUAAUAUUGUUAGAUAUUUCACAAACUAUUGCGAGUUUGUGUUUAAAACGUUUGGUGAUAAAGUGAAAUUAUGGUCCACAAUCAAUGAACCGAGAUUAAUAGCAGAAGGUUAUGGUGGAUCUUCGACGGCUCCAGCAUUGGGCGAAAACUUUAGCGGCAUUGCUGAUUACAUGGUUAUUCAUAAUUUAUUGCUUGCUCACGGUUAUGCAUACAGGUUGUACAACGAAAAUUUCAGAGAAACUCAACAAGGUCAAAUCAGCUUGUGUUUGGAUACUCUAUGGUUUUUCCCGGCCGAUCCAAACGAUGAAGAGCACAAAAAAGCCGCUGACCUUGCAUUUCAAUCAUUUGUUGGCAUUUUUGUUCAACCUCUGUUGACUGGCGAAUAUCCAAAAAUCGUUGUAGAAUCCAUCAAGGCCACAAAUAAACUGGAAAAUAAAAACUUAACAAGAAUUAUUCAGUUCACAGACCAAGAAAAAAAAAUCCUUAUAGGCGCUUAUGAUUUCGUUGCUUUCAAUUACUACUUUUCGUUGUAUGCAAAACCUAACUUAACUUUUAAAGAAGAGGACAAUUUAAAGACCAAAGAUCUAAAAGUUCAGUUAUUGGGGUUCAAAGGAGACCAUAAACCAGAAGAUACAAAUGCUGGGUUCAGAAAUUUAGUCGAUUGGUUUGAUGAAGUGUUAAAUCAUCCGAAAAUCUUUGUCUGUGAAAAUGGAUUUGCUGAAGACGAGGGCGUGGACAAAUCUCUCGAGAAAAAGCGAUACCAUUAUGAUAUUUUACGCGAGGUUGAUCAAGCAUUAAAAAGAAAUAUUAACAUUAUUGGAUACUGCGUUUGGUCUUUUAUGGAUUCGUUAGAAUGGGCCAGUGGAUACAAGUCUAAAUUUGGUAUCUAUGGCGUCGAUUUCAAUGAUCCAUCAAGACCUCGCUACAAAAAAGAAAAUAAUUUCGCAUUUUUCCAAAAUUUGUUCAAAACUAAAACAUUGCCACCUCCCGAAAUUGAAUAACACUUGAUUUAUUUGUAUCGUUUUAAUAAUCUUUUAUAUUUUCAUUAUAUUACCAUAUUUUUUUAAAUACUUUGUUUUUGCGGGUUUUUCAGACAAAAAGAGUUUAUUUUAAUCAUAUUUUAUUUGGGUUCUAUUUGAAUUGUAAACAAAAACUAUAUCAUUAUAAUUUUUACGUUUUUAA